GGGCGGCAGGACGAUUACCUGGUAGCUUACUAGGGCCUUCUACCAAUUGCUCUCCUUACGUACCUACUGCUCUGACCAACUGUCUGGGGUAAAGCCUGCGGAUCUUGCUCAAUAUUUAGUGAGUCAACAAGUGCCCGCACCUCCAGAUCACAAGCACCCAAUCACCCCUAAUUAUGCGACUGCUUGAAAGCAUCCCCAUCAACAACUUUCGAAGACCUUGCAGACAGAACCAGAAUUGUUGACGACCGGAAUUAUUGAGCACUGGAGUUGAGGCUGUACCAUCAUUCCCAGCAUGCCAGACCUGGAUCUCGGGGAGUCUAUUCCCCCGCAUACAGCUCAUGCUGUGAGUGUCUCGCUGCCGACAUGGAAGUCAAACAUUGGCUAUGAGGAGGGCGAGGACUGGGUUGUUGGCCGCAUGACGACCGGCUAUCCUCGCUUCUUCAUUCACAGAAGCAUACAAGAAUUCGCCGCAGAUAUCGUAGCGAGGGUUGGCGCCAAGGCCUCCAAGGCGUUUCUGUUUCCAAACCGCCAGAUUGCUGCCCGCUGUGUGUCUUUCGUCAAGGCCCGCGCUCCUCCCGCAGUUGCCGCCUCACUCGACACCGUCCACCUUGUUUUGGAUACGACUCAACCAGGCGCCGGAGCUCUGGCGUCCCUCAAUCCGGCCAUCUCUGCCGUCCUCGGGUCCCAGGAUGCAUUUUCUUUUCUCAAACAGUACUGGCAACAUACGGGCGACGGCGUGUCUAGCCGCAGGGCCGAGUUCUGCCACGCCCUCCUUAAGAAUGGCCUGCUCCGCUUAGACGACGGGGCGACGGGCCCCGUUUCUCCCACGAGCGCCAAACCAUGUAGAGGACCCAAGCGCUACCAGCGGCCGUCGUCCAUGGACACCACAGCCAAGCAUGUCAGCCCGGACAGAGAAGGGGUCGCGGCCCCAGAUCUCCAGGAGACAUCCCGCUUCUUGGAGGAGCGCUUUGGCCGGAACCUCGACGUCUCGUUUGUCCAGCCGGCCAAGUCCGCCAUCAAGCGGAGGAUUGCCGGUGCUCUGCGCACCGACAGCGAGCUCAGCAGGGCGGCUCCCCCGGACCACGAGAUGGAGUUCAACACGCGCGGCGUCGUCAAUCUCCGGGAGGAGGACAUUUACCUCUUCCCCUGUGGCAUGAGCGCUAUCUUCAACUCGCACCGUGCCCUACUCAGUACACGCGGCAACAUGAAGAGCAUCAACUUCGGCUUUCCCUACGUCGACACGCUCAAGAUCCUCGAGAAGUUCGGUCCCGGCGUGGUCUUCUACGGGUACGGCUCCGAGUCGGACCUCGACGACCUCGAGAAGCACCUCCAAGCCGGCGAGCGCUUCCUCGCCCUCUUCUGCGAGUUCCCCGGCAACCCUUUGCUGACCUGCCCCAACCUGACCCGCAUCCGGCAGCUCGCCGACAGGUACGACUUUGCCGUCGUGGUGGACGAGACGAUCGGCACCUUCGCCAACGUCAAUGUUUUACCUUUCGCCGACAUUGUCGUCAGCAGCCUGACCAAGAUCUUCUCGGGCGACGCCAACGUCAUGGGCGGCAGCGCUAUUCUCAACCCCAACAGCCGCUAUUAUGAGAGUCUGAAAAACUGGGCGCGCACCGCCGGCGGCCUAGACGAGGACACGUACUGGCCCGAGGACGUCAUGUUCCUGGAGCGCAACAGCCGCGACUUUGUCUCGCGCAUCGACCGCACCAACGCCAACGCUGAGGCCAUUUGCGAUGUAUUGAGACAAAGUCCUGUGGUCAAGACCAUCUUCUACCCCAAGUACAACGAGACCCAAGCCAACUACGAGGCCUGCAAGCUGCCGAAUGCGGGUUAUGGCGGUCUGAUCUCGGUCGUACUGCGUCGGCCGGAGCAGGCCGUCGCCUUCUACGACGCCAUCCAGACGGCCAAGGGGCCGAGUCUGGGCACCAAUUUUACCCUCACCUCGCCGUAUGUCCUCCUGGCCCACUACCAGGAGCUCGACUGGGCCGAGGGUUUUGGGGUGGAACGCGACUUGAUUCGUAUCAGUGUCGGGCUGGAGGAGACGGAGCACAUUGUCAAUGUGUUUAGGGGCGCUCUCAAAGUGGCCGAGGAAAGUACGGCGGCAAGUCAAGAGCAGUAGUAAAUGGCUGGACAAACCAAAAACAAAUCAAACUAUUAGAGCACUACCUGUCGCGCUACCCGUGGUAUCAUGAUUGUGCCCUCUGUGCGCCUUGUUUCCGCCCGUAAACGCGAAACCAACCCUUUUAAACGAGGUCGCCACCGCCCCAUAUCACCGACCAAAUCACAUCACGGUACACUGAGGACCAUUGGGGUCGGUCGCGUAGAUGCCAUAC